UUCCCGCCAUUUUUGCUCAAGCAGUCAUAAGCAACCAGAAGAGUUAACCAGACAAAAAGAAAAUCUUGGAACAUCUAAUAAAAGAAAGGUUUAUUAAGCAGCAGCCACAAUUAUCUGUGAUGGGUAUCAAAGAUCUUCUAAGGUUCAUCAAACCUUACUUGCAAUCCAUUCACAUCAAAAAAUAUAGCGGCAAAAGAGUUGGUAUUGAUGCAUAUUCAUGGCUUCACAAAGGAGCUUAUUCUUGUAGUAUGGAGAUAUGUUUGGAUAUGAAUAGCGAUAAAAAGCUUCGAUAUUUGAACUAUUUUAUGCACAGAAUCAAUCUACUAAGACACUACAAGAUAACCCCAGUUGUUGUUUUUGAUGGUGCCAAAAUUCCUUGUAAAGCUUCGACAGAACAUGAAAGACACAGGAGAAGAGAAACGAAUCGUGAAUCGGCUAUGGAGAAGCUUAAACAAGGGAAUGUUAAUGCUGCUAUUGAGUUCUUCCAGAGAGCAGUGAGUAUCACCCCGCUCAUGGCACAUCAACUGAUUCAGAUAUUGAGAACUGAAAAUGUGGAAUUUGUGGUAGCUCCAUAUGAGGCUGAUGCACAGUUGGCAUACUUAUCGAGUGUUGAUGCAGAAAAGGGCGGCAUUGCAGCAGUUAUCACGGAGGAUAGUGAUCUGUUGGCAUAUGGUUGCCAAGCUAUCAUAUUUAAGAUGGAUCGAUAUGGCAAUGGCGAAGAGAUGGUUUUGGACAAGAUUUUUGAUGCUGUGCCAUCCAAACCCUCAUUUCAGCAUUUUGACAGGGAAUUGUUUGCAGGCAUGUGUGUAUUAGCUGGUUGUGAUUUUCUUCCAUCUGUUCCUGGAAUCGGGAUUUGUAAGGCUCAUUCCUUUGUUUCAAAAUAUAAAAACUUGGACCGUGUAUUAUCCAUUCUGAAGUUGGAGAAGGCGAAUCAAAUGCCAGAAGAUUAUUCCAAAUCCUUCAGAGAAGCUCUUUCGGUUUUCCAGCAUGCUAGAAUAUAUGAUGCCACAAUUAAGAAUCUCAAACACAUUAAACCCAUUCCACAAAAUCUUCUGGAUUUACUGGAUGAGAAGCUUGAUUUUCUAGGACCAGAACUGCCUCCAUCAGUAGUAAUUGCCAUUGCUGAAGGGAACUUGAAUCCUAUCAACAUGGAGGCCUUUGACGUUUACCCAAGUUCUAAGUAUCUUCAGGACCCCAUUGUUAUCCGAAAUCACUGUGAACUCCAGAAACCUGCAGCCAUCAUUGCUUCGAGACAGAAAAUAACCUUGGUGGGCAAAUCAAGGAAAGCCAGCGAAAAUGGUGUUACAGCAGGUUUAGCAAUGACUCAAGAUCCUGUUCUGACUGAAAAGAAGUAUGUGAGUGAAGCCGUAGCUCUUCAGAAACUAGUCUCACCUGAAGAAACCCAUGAACCAGCAGAAAAGAUAACGAUUCCCGAAGAUGUUCCAAGAAAGAUUCCCAAGAAUCCAUUCAUCAUAAAGAGCAGUGCUGACUCAGAUUUAGAUCUGUCAGACGACGACAGGUCUGAUGUACUGUUUUCUACCCCAGAUAGUGCUAUAAAUGUACUUUCCAAGAAAAGAAAGUUGCAUCAGAAUGCAAUUAUGGAUGAAGAAGCUUCUGAGAUAACGAAACUACAAGUCUCAGAAACCUUGUGUGCUGCUAAAGAAUCCCAAGAAAGUGUAAACUCCAAGCCUGUAAAGAGUUAUGAAGUGAAAGGUAUAGGUAAAAUUGGAAAAUUGAAGAAAAGUAAACAUAAUAAUACUGCAGAGAGUAAGCAGAACAGUAUCUUGAAUUUCUUUUCUAGAGUGUAGCUUUUCAAUCUCAUCUCCUUUAUUAUAUAAUUUUUGGCCAUUUUGGGAUAUAAUUUAGUAUUAUUUUCUGUGGACCCUUAGUUAUGGAGUUCAUACAAUAGUCUGGAAAGCAAUCUAAUUUCCUAGAA